AUGCUGUACCGUCUGCCCUCCAGGCUGCCAGCCAGGAUGUGGGGCAGGACUUUGGAGAAGCAGUCAUGGAGGAACAGCAGUCAGACUCCUUCCCCAUGUCUUAUCCAUAGACUGGACCACAUUGUGAUGACAGUAAAGAGUAUCAAAGACACCACGAUGUUUUAUUCCAAGAUCCUGGGCAUGGAAGUCACAACUUUCAAGGGCGACCGGAAAGCAUUGUGUUUUGGAGACCAGAAAUUUAACCUCCAUGAGGUGGGAAAGGAAUUUGAACCCAAAGCUGCUCACCCAGUUCCUGGCUCCCUGGACAGAUGUCUGAUCACAGAGGUACCUUUGGAGGAAAUGGUCCAGCACCUCAAGGUUUGUGAUGUCCCCAUUGAGGAGGGUCCAGUCCCCAGAACAGGGGCCAAAGGACCCAUUAUGUCCAUCUACUUCUGA